GACCACUGUAGCAGCAGCACACUGUCGAAGGACAGUAGCUUGCCAAUGGUCACUACAUUGGAUGACGACUCAGAAGCACCAACAUAUGAGUCAUCGCUGGAUGCACCAGUGGCUCGAGAAGAACCUGUUGGUCAGAACCAAGCCAAAACAGCAUGCCUUAGCCAAAGCGGGAACCAGGCUUCCGCUUCAGGGCCAGGGUGCAACAGCAGCACCGCCGCUUCGUGCGACACCGUGCCAGCAACUACUGCAAUUGAUGGCCAUUUUGGACCGCACUUGGAGUCGUCCAUCUGCCGCAUCUGUAUGUGUGUGGUAACGAGAGGUACACGGACACUGUCUGUGGACAAAGCUGUGCAAGCUUUCGAGGAACUUUGUCAGACCUCGACUGAAAAUCCGGCACUGCCAACAUCCUCCGGUGAUAAAGGUGCACACUUGACGGGGAUCAGCUGCCUACCGGAACCCACGACGAGCAUUCUCUUCAAGUGCUGUUUCUGCACCCACGUCACCGGAGAGCAGCGUGAAAUCCUCAGUCACCUGACUGUCCAUGGUGAUGAACAGCUCAAGUGCCAGCACUUUCCAAAGUCAUUUUAUAGAGUGGAGGACUUGAGACACCAUUCUGAGAUUCACAAACUAGAAGGAACUUUCGAGUGUAAACGAUGUCCAGCAGCAUACCAGAAAUAUGCUCAUCUAUAGUAAAUCACAUCCGAAUGCACGCGGUUGAAAAACCCUUCAAAUGUAAGAAAUAUCCGCUAGCAUUUUCUCAAAGUAGCCGCCUAGCCUAUCAUAUCCGAGCCCACACAUGUGAAAAACCUUACGAAUUCCAAGAAUGCCCCGAAUCAUUUGCUCGUAGUAGUGCCUUGGCUGCCCACAUGUGAACUCACACCAGUGAGAAACCUUACGGAUGCCAAGAAUGUCCCAAAGUGUUUUCUCGAAGUAGUUAUCUGAGUAUACCACAUUCGAAGCCGCAGAAGUGCCCCCAAUUUUUUAGUCAGUGUGAGAGGCAGAAUCAACACAUUCAAAUGCACACGGGAAAGGGACCUUACAGAUGUGAUCAAUCUCCCCAAACCUUUAGUCAGAGCGAUAUUGCUGACACAGCAGAUUAGAACACACACAGGGUUUACAAAUGUGAGCUAUGUCCGGUCCCCAAGUUUUUAGUGUUUAGUGCACUUAAGUGCGCGACCCGCCACAUUCGAACUCAUACAGGUAAGAGACCUGGCAAAUGCGAGCAAUGUCCCCAAGCCUUUAGUGGCAUGGAAAUCUGACCCAGCACAUUUGAACGCAUACGGGCGAAAAACCUUAAAAAUACGAGCUAUGUCCCCAAGCCUUUAGUGUGCGUGGGAACUUGACCCGCCACUAUCGUAUUCACACGGGCGAGCGACCUUACAAGUGUGAGCAAUGUCUCAAAACCUUUGGCCGAGGCACGCGAGACACAGUAAAAGUGUAUCUCCCAUAAGCUUGAGUCAACGUACUCAAGCAAAGUAAGAAGAUUUGUACAAAAAUUUGCACGAAAAAUUAUUUUGAAAUUACCGCAGUCACCGAAAUGUGUUAGGUUUUAGCGCAGGGAUUCGUUGUCUUGGGAGAGUGAGUAGUUUCGGAUGCAGCCACCACAGCUUAUAGAGUGCGCGUCAACAGCGGUGCAUCAUUGGAAGCCUGCGAAAGACUCUUGGACAGCCUGACCCACCACAUUCAAACACAUACGGGCGAGAAACUUUACAGGUGCGAGCAAUGUCCCAAUGCCUUUAGUGAAGGGAAACCGGAGGUGGCACAUUCGAAUACAUAAGGCGCUGUGGAAAUGGCAUGUUCCAAUACUUGUCGAAGUCAGCCGGCCCAAGCAGAGUAAUGAGUUUUGUAGAAAUAUAAUU